GCUGCACCAUACACAAGUCAUUAGAGUUACACAUUUCAAAAAACUAAUACGGAAUGAUGCAUUUUGUUGGAGCCAUAAUUUCAGUUUGCUACUGGAAUGCCUUUUUCCUCCCAUAACUCCAUAAAAAAGUCGUGACUGCUCCAUUACUGUGACAAUAAAAGAACACAAGUAGGAAUGCAGUGUAAGCAGUGCCAGCGUACAGAGUCCAGAGCGUUCAGUCAUUCAGCCGUGAGGGACAUGCACUUGAUGUGUUCUUAAGGAGAUUCACUGAAGACUCGCACCGUCAAGAUGCCUUCUGGAAAGACCGUCAAACUCAUUCUAUAUGAGGUUCUUCAGUUCGCAUGUCUCUGUGUUCCUCUGUUUGUAGUGAUGGAGCGUUUUGCGUCUCUCAUUCGAUUUGUUAAGUCCAGUGACACGGCGUAUUGGCUGGUGGUGGCGGCCUCUGUGGCUUAUGUGGCAUCUGUAACCCUGUUUGUCUGGGUGCCUUUGAAGUACUCCACCCUCAAGACACAACGAUUUUCAGAAGUGACUAACUGGAGACCUGUUCCACUUGCAUAUGUGGUGCUUAGCACUUUACCUUGCUUUGCUAUCAUCAUAUCCAGCUCAAAGGUUCAGGUUGAUGCAGGCGCUUAUUAUGACCGCUUCACUGAGCUCCCUGUCUCACUGGUCCUAUUCUCCCUCAUCUGUGUGGACAUACUGGAGCGAAUACGCCCUCUUCCUCUGACGGGACAGGCCAAUACAUUAGAGUCGGACUUUGAGAUGCCAGGCCCGGUGCUCACUCAUUUGCAGCAGGUGACAUCUGUGUCCGCACAGCUGCAGGCUAAUGGAGGGGACAGUGACACAUCUCUGAGGUCACCGGUGCAGAACGGGUCCCUCUCAGGUCGUUGGGGGGAUGCAGAUGUGCGCAGCCUUUCUCGCACCAGCAGCGCAGCCUAUCUUUAUUCCUCUCACUCUCGCUCAGGUCCUCUUCGCUUCAUCUGGAUCCGUGACCCCCGUCAUGACCUUUUUGUGGCCAGCUUUGUGUUCUGGUUUGACACGGUGGAACUGGUGAGGAUGGCCGGGACUUAUUCAGUCUAUUACUCGGCAUGGGUAUUUCCAGUCUACAUACUGGCGUAUCUGUCCAUACUGCGAGUGGUAAUAACACCCAACAGUCCUUUGUUGGCAUCGAUAAGCGUCCUCUCCCAGGAUUUGCCCUUCCUGGUGGUGCGCAUAUGCCUGGUGGGGAUCUUUGGUUAUGUUACUCCGGUGCAGUAUAUACUGAAGAACAUUCUUGUUACUGGAUCAUUUGUCUACUUCGUCUUUAUGACCAAACUAAAGCUGCUGAACAGAGGAAGCAUGUUCUGAGCACAUUUAGGAGAUCAGUUUGUGUAAGAAAUGCAGCAGUAGAUGCACAGGCUACAAUGUUAAAGGAGUAGUUCACCUUCAAAAUGAAAAUUCGGUCAUCAUUUACUCACCCUCUUGU